AUGCCUGACUCGUCAUCCUCCUCGGCCGCACCUUCUACAACAGCGAAAAGAGCUUGCGAUGCUUGCCAUCGACGGAAAGUUAAAUGCAUUGGCGACGGCACGCGGCCUUGCAAGAACUGCACAUCAGCCGGCCUGACAUGCACGUACAACGCCAUACCUCAGAAGAAAGGACCCAAAGGUAGCAGGGCCAAGGUCAUCUCGGAGCUCAGGGAAACGCAACGACAGUCUCAGCUUGCCGCGAAACGACAUGGCUUUGAUCUUGACAGUCCGCCUCAUUCCCCGGCACACCUCAGGCAAGCCGGUCUCCUGUCCGUGAAAAUGAUGACCACAUGCCUUGAUUACUUCUUUGCGAACCUCUAUCCAACGCAGCCCAUUCUUCAUCGCCAAAAGGUGGGUGAGGUGAUAGGCCAAAUGGAGCAGAAUGUUGAGGCUUACUGUUUGGUUGUCUCAUUGUGCGCCUAUAUGAUGAUACAACCCAACAUGGUCAUUCCUCCAGAGGCCUUCGACGGCCUAGAGAUACAGCCACAGCCGAGUCUCCAACUCGGCCAUACCCUGUUGCAAGAAGCUCUGCGAGUCAGGAGAGGUUACAACUACGUUGAGAAUCCUAGCAUCUGGUCCGUAAUUACGUCCUUCUUCUUCUUCGGAUCCUACUUUUGCCUGGAUCGACAAAAUACCGCAUGGUUCCACUUGCGAGAAGCAACCACUCUUGCUCAGAUUAUGGGCAUGCAUGACGAGUCAUCAUAUCCGACCAACGACCUGAUCGAGAACUCCAGGCGACGACGCCUCUACUGGCUGCUGUUCGUGACCGAGCGCGCAUACGCUUUACAACAACACAAGCCGCUCACAUUACACGCUACCAUCAACCUUCCAACAUUGGACGAGGAUCCAGCCGAGACCGUGGAGCUGAAUGGGUUCAUCCACCUUGUACACCUCUUCAGGCCAUUUGACGACACCUUUGUUGGCUUGUGGAAUAAGGCGAGAGUGGGAUGCACGACGGAGUGGCUCGCGCGCUUGCAGCAGCAGCUCACAGAUGCACUGCCGCAAUAUCUACAAUGCACCGAGAGUCAAGCGGUUGAUCUGAGAUGCUCUCAGCAAUGGCUGCGAACCAUGGUCUGGCAAUUGUCAAUCAGCCACGGCUUCUUGAGCAGCGCUGCAGCAGACAACGCGAUGAGCUUCAAGUAUCCCAUCGAAAUCUCACGAGAUCUUGUCCACUCAGCGUCGCAAUUUUCGCAGCAGUCAAUGGAGGUGCAUGGAGUUGGUCUCAUCGAAAAGCUUUUCGAUGUAGCUUGCACAUUGACAGAUGUCAUGUCCGUCAUCCCACAGGAUCAGUACACGUUCGAAUUCGGACCACGGGAUUAUCUCAACCAGCUCAUGACAUUAAUUUCGACGCUCCGAGGCGGUCAGCAGCGGUACAUGCCUCUUUUGAUGCAGAAGAUCAAUGAUAGCAUGCCAAACACGGGCUACGCUCUUCCAGCAAUCCCGCCGAGUUUGCGAUCGGAGGAAGUCUAUGAUGGGAGCCACAGCAGCGCUCCAACAAGUCACGACUCCACGCCUUUUGGAAGCCCACUCAGCGCAGGGGCACAGCCAUUUGGCUACGGUGAAUUCUCGGUCACUAGCGCGAUACAAUAUCCGCGUACAACAGAGGCAGGACCGAUGUCGAACGAGAUCGAUUACAUCACAGCUGAGUCACACAACCUAGCAGGAAGACAGACCGAAUUCGAAACAGGCGGCUGA